UAUUUUUCAACACAAGUCACAAAGUAACUAACUAGUGCAGUGUUAAAUCUCUUUGUAUACACAAAUUAAGAUCAGUUCAAUCUUCAACAUGGCUGAAGAGAAGCACCACCACCACCUCUUCCACCACCACAACGAGGAGGAGAAGCCCGUCGAGGCGGUGACAUACUCGGAAACCGCCUACGGCAGCGGCGGCCCCGGUGAGUACUAUGAGACUACAGAAACCGUUGGAUUCAACGUCCCUGACCAGGAUAAGAUUGAUGAGUAUGAGAAGGAGAAGAAGCACCACAAGCAUAAGGAACACCUCGGCGAGAUGGGAGCUGCUGCUGCCGGUGCUUUUGCCUUGUACGAGAAGCAUGAGGCGAAGAAGGAUCCGGAGCACAAGCACAGGCACAAAAUAGAGGAGGAGAUAGCGGCAGCGGCAGCGGUGGGAGCCGGUGGGUAUGUGUUCCAUGAGCAUCACGAGAAGAAGGAAGCUAAGGAGGAAGAAGAGAAGGCUGAGGGAAAGAAGCACCACCACCUCUUUUAACCACCACCACCACCACAACCGUCGAUCGUCGUCUAUAUUUCGAAUAAAUAACAAAGUGUGUGUCAAGUAGUGAUGAUGAUUCUAAUUUCAGUACUAUAUAUGGAAAUCAUGAUGGCAAGGGAUGGAUGUAUCGAUCGAGUGAAGCAUAUGUAAUUAUGAAGUUUGCUUUUCUACCUCCGAUGAGUGUGAAUUUGAGGUGUGUUCAUGUGAUGUAAUAUACGUGCGUAAAUUAAUUACUUCAGUAUAACUUCUUGUGUCUGAA